AUGCUGGAUAAUAAAGAGAAUGUGCGUGUAGACUUUGAAAAGGUGUAUAGUUUAUAUAUGCCUGCUUCGCUAAAUGACAAACUUUUUGAACUCACUGAGCAGGCAUCAAAUGUACGGUCACUACUCGAAAAAAAACAAAUAGAAAAUAGCAUAUCUGCUAGAAUAGCUAUUUCAAACAAUAAAGAUACGCUAGUGAAUGAGACAAAGACAAGUUUCUUAGAGUGUACAAAAUAUGUAACAGAAGAAAUCUUAAAGUCAUUUAAAACAAAAUUUGACGAGUUUAAGCAAGAAAUUGAAGUUAUUAACAAUAUGAAUAUAUUAAGAAGUACUGAAGCUAACAAAGCAAUAUUAGCUGAUAUCUCAGCAAUUAUUGUCGAUCAGGUAAGAUCUAUACUUUUAGAAGAGGAUACAUUGAAGAUUUUGAAGAGUAAACUGACGGACAAAAUUGAGCAGCAGAGUGACCAAUUUAUUGAACAACUAAAUGAAAUAAGAAAUACUUGGAAUAAUGAAGAUAAAUUAGUUGAUACUAUUAAGAAUAUUGCAAAUAAAUUUGAGGAAAAGGAAAGACAUAUUCAUGUAAAUCAUAUUCAAGGAAUCCAGCGUCAGUAUGAAGCAGUUGUAAGAGAUUUAAGGAGGCGUUGCUUUUUUUUGGAGCAAAGUGUGCAAGAAAAAGAACUUUGUGAAAUAAGUUUAAGGUCUGAAAUAAAUGAAUUAAGUAAAGACCUAUCUGAUGUCAGAUAUGAGCUAGAGCUUAGGAAAGAUGAACUCAUUAACUAUAUCUCACAAAAAAGGCAGAUUCAAGAUGAUUUGGAUACUCUCUAUAAAAGAUAUGCAGAACUAGAAAUUAAUAGUGAAAAUCUAAUUAAACUACAAUUAUCUGAUUUUGAGAAACAGAAAACUAGGUAUCUUAGAUAUGGAGUUGCUAUUGAUUCUAUUCAGCACUUGUUCUAUAACAUAUCAAUUUCAAGGAUGGGCUGGUGCUUCUCCAAAUUGAAAAUAUUCCAUACUCUCCCUGAUCACAGAUCUGAGAAUUUAUUAAGUAGGGAUAUAGAAACCUCAGGAAAUUUGGAAACAGCAUCUUCCCCGAAUUUCCUAUCUAAACUAAAAAGUGAAGAUACACUGGCCAGCUUAUUAGUUGUAGAAAAGAGAAUAGAAGAUGAGGAAAAGGAGCAGAACUUAAUAGCAUUACUUCUAAAUAUGUUAAAUGGGGGUAUUUAUAGCCAAAUUACACAAUUAUCUAGGUUAUUCAACAUAAAAAGGAGAAGAUAUAUCAAAUGGUCGUUUAAUAAAUUAAGAAGUAAUUAA